AUGUUUAAAAUUUUCUGUUUUUGGUUCGUUUAUACGCUGUGUUCCCGAGAGGGUAGCGAUGCGUACACACUGACGGACGUUGAAAAUUUGUGGACCAAUAUAACAACUGGCUAUAACAAGAACCACAGGCCCGUACAAAACCAACAUAAGUCCAUUGAUGUGAGCAUCAACUUUGCUCUUUACAGCAUUCAGGAAAUCAACGAACUAACUGGGAAAAUUUCGGUUACUGGCUCCAUAGAGCUAAUAUGGGAAGACGAGAAGCUUGUCUGGAAUCCGGCUGAUUACAAUACUAUUUAUUCAAUGAUGGUUCCCAUAUCCGAGGUUUGGUACCCGCCCCUGAUCAUUGGCAACCCAGAUACCACAUCAACAGCUAUUAAAAUUGAGGAAAGGAGCUUUGUUCGACUUCUGCCAGACGGCACGAUCAUGUUUAUCCCCUCCGGUGUAUAUUCGGUUCACAGUCCGCUGAAUGCGAAACAUUAUCCCUUUGAUAAACAGACUUUCGACAUUCAAUUUGUUGUCCCUGGCUUUAUAAACACAGAAGUGAAACUAAUGGAAGGAAAUACAACGUAUAUAUCAUCGUCAUUUAAAGGAAAUGGCGAAUGGUCCCUGUUGAAAUUGACAAGAGAGGUGACAGUUGAAAGUCAAUAUACAUCAGUUGCUACAUUCACCAUCAGCUUAGAGAGAAAGUCGACGAAUAUGGUUGUUAACAUCAUUCUGCCAAUAAUGUUUCUGGCUGUAAUCAACCUUCUAGUGUUCGUACUGCCGCCCGAUGCCGGGGAGCGAGUAUCAUUCUCCGUGACCCUACUCCUGUCUUUGGCUGUUUUUAUGACAUUGGUUGGAGAUAACCUGCCGAAAACGUCCGACCCGCUCCCCGUGCUUAGCUAUUACCUGCUAGCAACCCUGACCCUCAGCACGCUCAUGUGUGUUAUGGCCAUCCUGAAUCUUUCAAUCUACCAUAAAAAUGAGCAGUCUCGACCACCAAAGUGCAUUGCUGUUGUAGCUGCUGCCGUCCUUUGCCGAAAUAAAUUUCUCAAAGCUGAGACAGAAAAAGAUGUUGCUGAAGAAGAGAAUACCAAACCGGCAAAUGAAAAACGAAGUGAAAAAUUGACGUUUCCGUUCAAGGACAACCAAAAAGUAAUGAUCAGCUGGAAGGAUAUUUGA